AUGGAACGUGGCGCAUCCGAAUUCUCGCGGUCAGGUUUGAAUACGCCCUAUACACCAACGUUUAACGACGCGUCCGUCGACUCCCCCGCCGAACACCAGUCCCCCGCGAGCUAUCCCGCUCAAGAAGUCCGACCCGUCAACUACUCGGCCUCUGCGACGCCCACGUCCGCGCGUUCAAGUUCUUUCCCAGAACAUAUCCAACGUCAAUACUAUCCAUCAAGCAACCAUAGCGGUAGCAGUGGAGGUAUGGCGCAACCAACAAGUCCGUCUCUGCCUCUGCAAGAUGGCGCUUCAAACCAUCAUGCUCAGCAAAUCAAGUCUGACCAGGAUGUUCCUAUAGAUCCAUCAAUCGCUGCGUCGAGCCCAACAUAUCCUCCCCACGGCGGCCCUUAUUCUGCAUACCCACCGCAACAAGAGAUGUCGCACGGCUAUCCUCAGCACCCAGGUGGCCCGAUGUACGCCCAGCAACCCCGCCCCGACUGGGCAGGCUACGGCCAGCACCCACAACAUGGCAUGCCUGCCCCAUACCCGUCAUCUGGUCACCCUCUCUCCCAGGUCUACUCUUUCGUCCCGAUUCCCGGUGCACAACAGCACAAGCGCCCCAGGAGACGUUAUGAAGAAAUUGAGCGCAUGUACAAGUGCGGAUGGAAUGGCUGCGAGAAGGCCUACGGCACACUUAAUCAUUUGAAUGCUCACGUUACUAUGCAAUCGCAUGGCCAAAAGCGCACUCCAGAAGAGUUCAAGGAGAUCAGAAAGGAAUGGAAGGCACGCAAGAAGGAGGAAGACGCACAGCGCAAGGCUGAGGACGACCGUGCCCGUGCCGCCCAAGUCCCCAACCCAGCCGACGGACAAAACCCGAACGACAGCAACCAGCCUCCUCCUGGAUACCAACAACCUGGACGCGCUCAGGUCCAGCUUCCACCGAUCGGCUACCAGCCUGGUGCACAAGUUCCUGGCCAAUACCAGGCCCCAUCCGGCGGUGUCCAGCAGCUUCAGGAGUACAGUAAUAGCCACAUGUACUCCGGAUACCCAGCUUCUCCCUACGGGGCCCCAAGCCAGAUGUAUAGCCAACAUAACGGUGCCCCAGCUCCAAAAUACGAGCAACACUAAACGAUGUCUCACGAUCUUACAAAGACUGCAGCAAAACUGGCAUAUGGCCGCUCGUCCCAGAGCGGCAGGAGGAACGGGAUUACUUAGUUAUGGAAGUGCUACUGUAUCAUAUGGGUCACUGAUCGCAUUUUUUCAUCGGUGUCUAUUAUGACCCCUCUAGACGGACGUACGUUGGGACAAAGAAAGAAGAUUCUGGUGGUUCUAGCCUCUUCCCUGUUUUUUACGAGACCAUUGAUCGAUCGUUUUUUUAUCAUGUCAUGAUUACGGCGCAACAUCAUCUCCUAAUUCUUGUCUUUUUGGGGGUGGUGUGGCAUCGUAGACCUGCUGCUGCUGCUGCUGCUGUUGCAAAUUAUUUCGCACACGCACACACGCGGUCAAUCAAUUAUUUGAGUUUACUGUUUUCCAGUUUUUGUUUUUUGCUUGUUUUUGAUUUUACCGGCGCAUGAAUGAAUAGUCAACUAUACACAGACAGAAACGAAGACAAUUGAGGCACCCCCAUCAUCGUUUCCGAGGCGCUCACCGUCGUCGUCUCCGCUUUCAUUACUUCCGCACGGGCUUUCACAACCCUGUUGCGACCGUGGCGGCGGACGGCGAUGUGUUUUCGACCUCUUGUUUUUUGAUCCCUGACAACCUUUGUCGACAAUUGCACACACCAGGGUGGUGGUGGACUCUCUUGUCUUUCGCGCUGCGCUGGGAUUGGGAAUUGUUCUGUCUUGUUCAGUGUUGAGUUCUUUAUUAAUGGCGCGAAUCGCUACGCGGACGAACGCAUGCACGCACGCACGCGGCUUCUUAUGGUAUAUAUUUUUUAGAUUGGGGCCUUGCAAAAGAACUGUGGUUUUGAGGGUGUGUGGGUGGAUUGUUGUGUUGAGGUUGUGCUGCUGUGCGUGUAUGUCGUGUGUGGGGGAGGAAGGGGGAAUGGGCGAACUUGUUUUUGUUGUUUGUAAACUUAGGCAACAGAAUACUUGCGACGAUUCGCGUGCACCAUUAAUGGAG